AUGGGUAUCAAGGGACUGUUGCCCCUGCUUAGAUCAAUUCAGAAGCCAUGUACCCUGAAAAAGUUCUCAGGACAGACGAUCGGAGUAGACGCGUACGGAUGGCUACAUCGCGGCGUCGUGGGGUGCGCUUUCGCCCUCGCCCUGGGAAAACCUACGACCAUUCAUAUCGACUUUGUACUUAGUAGAGUUCGCAUGCUGUUGGACUUUGGGGUGACACCAUACUUGAUCUUCGACGGAGACAAUCUGCCCAGCAAGGCCGGUACGAAUGAGGCCCGACGAAAGAAAAGACAAGAAAGCAAGGCUUUGGGAUUGGAACUUUAUAGAGCCGGGAAGACCAGUCAAGCGCAGCAGGAAUUGCAGAAGUCUGUGGACGUUACUCCGCUAAUGGCACGGCAAUUGAUCGAGGAACUGAAAAAGCUCAAUGUUCAGUAUGUUGUUGCGCCAUAUGAAGCCGAUGCGCAGCUCGUCUACCUGGAGAACAAAGGUAUCAUAGACGGCAUUCUUUCGGAAGACUCUGAUCUGCUCGUCUUUGGUGCUAAGCGCCUGCUAACCAAACUCAACCAAUAUGGGGAAUUGGUUGAGAUUGAGAGGUCAGAUUUUCCUUUGUGCAAAGACGUGAAUCUCGCAGGGUGGACAGAUACUAUGUUCAUGCGACUCGCUAUCCUCAGUGGCUGCGACUAUCUGCCGAAUAUUGAGAAGCUGGGCCUAAAGACUGCGUAUGGCUACGUGCGCAAAUACAAAGAUAUCGAGAAAAUCCUGCGCAUAAUACAAUUCGAAGGCAAAUUGACGGUUCCAAACGGCUAUCUGGAUAAUUUCCGGCAGGCAGAGUUGACAUUCCUGCACCAUCGCGUUUUCUGUCCCAUGGCGCAAAAGAUGGUUUUCCUCACAGACCUCAGCCCAGGUGCUGUAGAGCAGGAUAUGCCGUAUCUGGGACCCCACGUCGAGGCGGACACAGCGAUAGGCGUAGCAUGCGGCGACCUUGACCCCUUCUCGAAAAAACCUAUCCAGCUCGGAACCGACCAAGUGGCCAGUCGACCUGCACUGGGUGAGAAUAGACGACAGAGCUAUGCAACACCUAUGUCACUGAAGCCGAAGAAGUCCAUAGAGACCUUUUUCAAGCCGCACCGACAGCCACUUGCUGAGUUGGACCCUAACAGCCUCACACCAUCCCCGUCCCAGCAGAGACUUCUAGAGCGCCAUCAAAAUGCUUCCUGGGAGCCCAGGCUUGCGAACUCUGCGCCUACGCUUAAGCGUAGCGUGACCGCGAUUGUGAACUCAGCAACGAACACCAACCGUUCGGCUUUCUUGGCCAGGGCGUCUACGAUGUCCACCUAUCAGCCUCUCAAAAGACAGCGGUUGUGCUCGGACUCGGCGGAUCCUUCCCCGAGUCGUGAGGUCAAGCAAAGCCCUUUCUUUGCUUCGGCAGCUAAUGAAGUUGAGGCCAGCCCGUUGGCAGAUAAGAAGGGCAAGGCUAAGAAGAGUCGACGAUCUGGGUUUCAGGUCUACUCAGAUGAUUUUCUUGAAGACAAUGUGCCGCAUGAGACAGGGUCCGAUGUACAGCAGAAAGCUAGCCCAGCCAAACCUCUCCACCUACAGCCAAUCGUUGAUGCCUAUACAAACCAACAGCAUGAUGACAAUGAUGUUCCUGAAUCAGUACCCCAGUCUUCGCCUCCGGCCGAACCAUCUUCCCCAUCGUAUCCAUCACUACCGUCGGCUUCAGAGACGAGCGCCGAUGGACAGGAGUCGACCCCCAACGGGAUAGAACAUGUCAAUCAAGACAAAGAUCCUGAGGCGUUCGUGGAUCUUCUGGAAUACCAUGUCAGAAAACAAAAUGAAAGGCUACUUGGAAAAUUUGCCUUCGAAUCACCACUGACGACUAAAGCUCCUCUACAUCCAACAACGACUGCAAUGCAUCCUCAAAGGAUGCAGACAGCUCUUCUGAGUACAUUUACGAAGACAGGUCCGACCACGCGAAGCCAUCGAACACCAGAAUUAUUACAGACCUUUCAAUACCAGUCACCUGAAAGACGACGAUCCGCACUCAACUCGCUUAGCCUUCCCGCUGUUGCAAAAGACGACGUAGCUGUAGCGGCAAAUCUGCGUGGAAGUGAGGACGCUAUUGUACCGAACAGCGAAGACGAUGGCUCCGAGAUCGGUUCUCCUGUUCAAAAACCAACCCUCGAUUUAAGCGCCUUUGCUUUCGUCCCCGCAUGAUGUGUUGGAAGUUUGAAGAAGCAGGGACUGUAUUUGGCGUUUGUGGUAUCUCGUUAGUACAUCUCAACCUCUGAGAUGACGUGGGCUUUUGGAACUGGUUGACCUGUGGCUUGGAUUGGGCGUGAAUCCCAAGCGUAGGCACAAAGAAUCAUUGGGUAUGAUUGAUGCUCGAAGCACUUUGUGAAAUUGAUUUUAGGCAGG